CACACAGUCCUCCUCAGCACAGUCGUGGAAGCGCGCAAGGCCGGCAUCUCUCUGCUUCUUGGUGUGAGACAGUCAGAGGCCUAAUGUUAGUUGUUAGAAUGGACAUUUUGAAAAUCCAGCAGGCAGGAACAGCGGACCGGUUGAUGGAUUGCUGGACUAGUUCAGAGUAGAAUCGAAGGAAGUUAGAAUUGAGAACUUUUGGAAUAGUUUUAAGAAGAACCACCUGUGGACUAUUGCUUAUUUUUUACUACCCCUGUUUAUUUUCUGUCUCUCCUCUCGUCCUCUUUCACUCCCUCCCUAACCCCAUUCCCUGCCCACCUCUCCUUACCCCUCUCACCCCUCUCGUCUUUUCUCUGCUGUGUCUACUUCUUGGACUGAUUUAUUUGGCACAGCUUUUUCCAGAGCGGUCUGGAAUGCACUGUUCUAUAUUUGUCGGCUGCUGAAGCUAUCUUCUCCAUCGUGGAUGAGGCUGAAUCCUGGUGCUCCUUUGGGAAGGUGUGGACCCUAACCCUAACCCUGUCACACCAGCACCACCUCCAGCCUCCUCACCACUGAUAAGACUACUGGCCUCCCAGGACUAAUAAGAAUAUUUUCCUUCCUUGGCUUCAAAACCCUGAAUUUUUUUUUUUUUCAGGACAGGUGGACUUCACUAUUGUGGUGUUGCGCCACAAUAUCAAUCACCUGCUGAGAGUUUGAAUGUAGUUGGAACCAAGGAAAAGCUUUGGAACUGAGGCUCCAGUCAAACUCUGCACUUCAACCCCAUUGCCAACAGAAACUCUAAGAUUUCAGAACAACUUUUCCUUCGGGGACAAGACCGAGCUGGUCAAGAGUGCCACUGAUAUCGAUGCCAAUCUUCUGUCAGUCCUACCCAAGGCAGGAAGGAAAGGAUAGCCAGGCGCCUGGAGGGUAUCGAGAGUGAGGCUCCUCUUGCCCUGAUACCUAGCUGUGCCGGUCUGGUGGCCAACCGCAUGCUGGAAGAGGACCCGCCACGAUACACCCGGGCCUCAGACCCCUGUGAGCCAAUCAUGGUGAGACGUUACAGCAGAGAGCAGGUGGAGGCCCCACAGAUGCCGGUGUCCUCCCCAGACAGACAGUCUAGGACCCGGGGCAGACCGGGGGACCAUCCUGGACCGGCCGCCCACCCCCAUGCAGAGCCUGUCCUAUCCCCUUCCGGUGGCCCAGUGGACCCAGCCAGCCUCAGUUCCAAGGCAGAGCGGAUCGCCCGCUACAAAGCAGAGCGCCGGCGCCAGCUCUCUGAGCGUUACGGCAUCCUCUUGGAUCAGGAGAUAGACAUGGACUACAGUCCUCGCUACUCGUGCUCACGUAGAGAGUCUGACGCCUUGGACAGAGUGGCCCCAGCAGUCACAGAGUGUAGGAGAGACAGAGAUAGAGAAAGACAGGAGGUGGAGGAAGGAGGAGGAGGGCGGGAGAGUUCCCGCAGAACUCCCUACAGCUCUGGAGUGGGCAGGAUCUACAUGCAGGCUCACCCUGCUGAGCCUUCUCCUGGCCACGCUCCUGCCCCAGGUCACGGUCCAGCCCCUGCAGGCCCUACCCAUACUCAAGCCCCUCUGCCAGCCCGGGAGAGGGCCGGCACCUUCUCAGAGCGGGAGAGGAUGAUGAACCUGGAGAACUACCGGCGGGCCCAGGAGAGGACAAUGCCAGGGGGCCUCAGAGGAGCCAGUAACAGGCCCCAUGAUCAUGCCCAGGCCCCCUCCAUCCAGCAGCUCAGCCCUCCUCUAUCCAGGGCCUCCUCCAGAGAAUCCUGCAGCGUGGCGGCCAUCCCCAGCUCCCCUCGUACGGCCCGCCGGGCCUCCCUGCCCUCCACACGCUACGGCAUCUCCCCCGGGGACCUGUUCAUCGAGCAGCAAGCUCAGGCCAUCCUCAGCAGACAGGGCCUGGCAGUGUUGUCUCAGAGCGACUGGUCUCUCCAGACAGACUCAGAAGAUGAUGCUGCUGGCACUCAGUCUGUCAUCAGUUGGCCUUCCAGAAUCAGAGUAAGAGAGAGAGUAUCGAAAGACGAGAGCGGCGUCCAAAGGGCCCCUGCAGAGCGGGGUCCAGCUCCAGAGCCCCCAGUGAAGAGACACCGAGAUCGUGCUCACACCACCACAGCUCACUACAUGCCCCAACGUGGCCACAGCUCUGACCCUGCCACCUACAAAAGGACUGGCCCCUCCUCUCAGCCCUCCCAACCUGCCUUCGCCCAUGUCCCAUACCCCCACGCCUCAGCACCACGCACACACACAUCAGGCCCCGCCAUGGGCCACCAGGGUACCCAUCAGGGGAGUCACCAGGGGGCCCACAUGGACCCUCAGCCUUACCUAGCCAUGCCGGCCCCUGUGGCCACCAAGCUCCCUGGAGCCCCUAUGGUGGAGGUGGAUACUCCAAGGAGGAGGGUGAGCACUGACCACAUCUACACGACCCAGAGGGAGACCCACAGGGAGGGUAGGCAGGCGCUGAGAGAGGAGGUUCACACCGAGGGGCUGCUGAAGAGCCGGAAGGCCGUGCUGCCAUCAGAGAUCCGCCGCAGGGAGAAGAGUGUGGACGACCCCCAGAGAGGGGAGCCCCACCUGGGGCCAGUCAGCCGCCAGGACGACUCCACCACCUUAACCGCCAUGGAGUAUGAGAGCUAUAGGUCUGGGGGGAGGAGAACGAGUCGGGCGGACUCGGAGGAGUGGGAGACUAGGCCCAGGGAGCAGCAGCAGCACUGGUCCAGCCACAGCCAGGACACAAAGGAGACAGGUCCAGUCAGUCGCAUGGAGACCUCCCACUCCCAGCCCAGCCAGCAGCAACAGGCUCCUGAGCCUCUCCAGCAGCAUCCGCACCCCCAGAGUCAGCAGGACCUCCAGGGUCAACACGGCCUGCAGGACCAGCAGCAGGGUGACUCGGCCGUCUACCUCCAGAGGGGUGCCUACCUCCCUCAGGCCAGACACAGGAGCAUGGAGCCAGCCGGGCAGGCUGGGCCCCCCAAGCUCAAGGUCCGCACGCGCUCCAUGUCCGACAUCGGCGUAAGUCAGCGCUCGGCUGCCUAUAGGAGCAUGGAGAGGGCAGCCGCCAGCAGAGAGGCUACCAUGGCAGCCCACCUGGCCAGGGAGGGAGGGGUGGCAGUGGGGGUACUGCCCAAUGGGGAGGUGGGGACCUUGGAUACCAGGGUCUCCGUGGCCCAGCUCCGACACUCAUAUCUGGAGAACGCCAACAGGAAGCCGGAGCUGGAGCCAACUAAAGUAGAGCUUACUGCCAUGGAAGUAGAUCCGGCUGCUGGGAGCGCUGAUCGGGAGCAUGGCACAGCGCGGAGGCCGCGGCGCUACAUCACCCCUGGAGACAUCCGCAAGUCCUCUGAGAGAUUUAGGACACAGCCCAUAACCACUGCAGAGCGGCUAGAGUCUGAUAGGUCUCGUCUGAGUCCAACCGAGCUACAGAACCCUGAAGCUGACGAAGAGAAGCUUGAUGAGAGAGCUAAGAUGAGUGUGGCUGCUAAGAGGUCACUAUUUAGGGAGCUGGAGAAGACCACAGAUAGCGUCCCCAAACCGCGGUCCCGUAACCCUGCCGUGGAGAGGCGCCUGAGACGAGUCCAGGACCGUGCGCGCACACAGCCUAUCACCAAUGAGGAAGUGGACAUCGCUCACACUGUCUCUGCUCUGUCCUCACAAUCGGUGACGGUCCACACCACAGUAGCACGUAUCCCCAGCCCCACUGUAGUCAGCACCACCAUGACCAGUUACAGCCUGCAGGAGGCAUCGCAGCACGGCUCUAUGGUGCGGAGCAUUGGAGAGCAGGACGGGGAGGAAGAAAGGGAGAGGGAGGCCCAGCCCAAAGGAGAUGGAGCAGGGCCUGGGCCUGACAAGAUAAUGAAGGACCUGGGUCCAGAUGAGCCCGACCUUUCAACUCUCAGCCUUGCAGAGAAGAUGGCCCUGUUCAACCAGCUGUCCAAGCAGCCCUCAAAGCCUGCUGCAGAGGGGGUCGGGGCCUCCAGGGGCGACACCCGUCAGCGCAGAGCCAACAGCCGCUUCCAGACCCAGCCUAUUACCCAGGGAGAGGUGGAUCAGGAGAUAGAUCCUAUGGUUACCUCUCUUCCUCCUCCUCCACCUCCUCCUCCGUUGACUAAGAGAGAACAACUGCAGAACGGAGGAGGAGGGGUCAAGCUGGAGCCGCUGUCUGCCUCUUUGGUCCGCUCCGUGGCAGCCGUCACCUCCCAGGUCUCGGUCGCCACGGUAACCACGGCGACUUCCAGCAGCAGCAACGUCCACCUUGGAAAAUCUACGGCCGUUCCCUACAACCCCCCCACCACCACCCAGGAAAGGGGAGGGGUGAGGUACUUCAGCCUGACCAAGGGAGGUGAGUCCUCCGGUUUCCCUGAACCAGAUCUGUUCUCCCCUGGCCCUCCCCUUUCAGAGCAGCAACCGCAGCAGCAGGCUCACAGUAGAAGAGUCGGAGAGAGAGGAGGAGACAGUGGCGGAGCUCCUGGAGCCAGUCGCUCCUCCACUGGCCACAGAGAGAGAGAGGAGGAGGAGGAUGUGUGGGAAGGAGGGGCCAGCAGAGAGGAGAGGGAGGUCUGUGCUAGUAGUGGUGCUGGAGGCAGCAGCAGUAAGGGAAGGCUCCACUCCCCCGACAGGGACAGCAGACAGCAGCACUAUCAGCCCCCAGCCCCAGAGCCCCAGCCGCGGCACACCAACAGUAGCCAGCAGGAGUCCAUCGAGCUUCCCUCUUUGAGGCACGGGAGGGGUGAGUUGCUGGUGGAGCCCAGGCAGCACAGAGACAGAGAUAAAUACGGCAGUAGCAGCAGCAUCACCCUGGAGAGGGAAGAGCACGGGAGCUACCUGGGAGAGACACACAGCUCAGAGAGACACACAGAGCUGCAGCACACAGCAGACAGAGAGAGCACACGGAGCAGCAGGAGCAGGGAACUCCUCUCAGACACCGAGCACACCAGUGUGUCAUUGAGAACUGUGACAACAGAGGCAGCGGCCAGGAGUGUCUCUCACACCUCCAGUAACCAGCGGAAACAGCAGCAGAUCCAGUCUUUCACCCAGUCUCCCCCACAAACUGAGCCCCAGCCAUACUCCAAAACUCACCAGCACUUCACCCAGGAACCUCCAGCCCAAUCCCAGCCCCAGGAAAGGGAGAGGAGCUUCACCCAGCCACUACCCAAGCCUUACUCUCAGCUAAUCCCUCACAGUCAACCCAGACCCCAGUCCUUAUCCCAGCCUCCUCCUCCCCAGACCGCCCCCCAGACUCUGCCCAAGCCCACGUCCUUCCCUCAGCCGCUGGUCAAGUCUCAGUCCCUGCCUCUGGACCACAGUGACCACAUCACAGGACACAGUGUCUCCGACCUCCUCUCCCCCAGCGAAACAGAACUCUCAGAGAUGUCCUCCAAACAGAUGUCCAUCAAAGAAAGGCUGGCCCUGUUGAAGAAGAGUGGUGAAGAGGACUGGAGGAACAGGAUCAAUAAGAAGCAGGAAGUGGUAAAGGUGGCUGUGACUGAGAGACACUCCACAGUACAAGGACAGGGAUGGGAGGCAGAGCAGACUUACAAGAAGAAGGAGGAAGGGAUGAUUAUUGAUGAGUUCGCUGCUGUCACUGUGUCUGACCAGCUGUGGGGGAAAAUACACUGUGAACCAGAUAAAAGUUUGACUGGGGAACGCCGGCUCAGUCUACUUCAGCCAUGGAAACAUCAUCAUGACUUCAGACUUGAUUUAUCCAAAAUAAUCUCUGAGCCUGUCUUUUCCUCCACAUAUUUUCCUCCAAUCUCCCUUGGCCAUAAGUGCCAAGUUAUUGACCUUCAUAGUCAGAGGAUGGGAGAGGAGAUGGAGAACCAGGCUCAGAUGUCCAUAGAGGAGAGGAAGCAGAUGAUCUCAACACGGGAGGAGUCCUGGGUGUCUAAAGGCAAGGGGGUGGCCAACGACUCCACCCAGUACACCGUGGCUGCACGCAUGGUCAAGAAAGGUCUGGCAGCCUCCUCAGCCAUCAGCCCCAUCCUGUCUCCUGUCUCCACCAAACUCAAGAGCAACGUGCCUGUCAUCAAACCGCAGGAGGAAAUUGAAGCCAGACAAGAGAUGAACUUGGAGUCGGAUAAAAAGCUCGAUAAAUUGGAGACAUUUUUGGGACGUCUGAACAGUAAAGUGGCAGGUCUUCAGGAGACCACUCUGACCGUGACAGAGAAGGCUGUGAAGGAGGUGAUGAGGAUGGACGAUGAGAUCUUCUCCAAGUUCUACCGUCACGUGGCUGACUUCCCACGCAUGCCCAGCAGGAUCGAGAUAGACGAGGACUUUGAUGCCAUCUUCGGCACUCAGGCACCCAAGUUGACCUCAGCCAUAGCGCAGCACAAACGAGCAGUGAGACCGUCUAGGAACGUCCAGUCGUCUAAGAACCCUCUGAAGAUGCUGGCGGCCAGGGAGGACAUCAGACACGAGUACACUGAGCAGAGACUCAACAUCGGCCUCAUAGAGAGCAAGAGGAUCAAGGAUGAGAAGAUGAAUAAGACUUCGGAGUACUCGGACGCGGCCCUAGCUGGACUGGCCAGUAAGGAGAACUUCAGCAAUGUGAGUCUGAGGAGCGUCAACAUCUCAGAGCAGAUGUCCAACAACAGCGCUGUGCCGUACAAGAACGUCAUGUUGAUGCAGGUCAAAGGCCGCCGUCACGUCCAGACCAGACUAGUGGAGCCCAGAGCCUCGACCCUGAACAGUGGCGACUGCUUCCUCCUGGUUACUCCUCAACACUGCUUUGUUUGGAUGGGAGAGUUUGCUAAUGUCAUCGAGAAAGCCAAAGCUUCUGAGCUGGCAUUGUUCAUCCAGACUAAGAAGGAUCUGGGCUGCAGAGCGAGCCAGAUCCAGACCAUCGAGGAGGGGGUCAACCCCCAGAGCACUGCGGCCACAGAGUUCUGGAAGAUCCUGAGAGGAGAGCAAACCUACCAGUCUGCCGGGCCACCGGAGGAGGAUGAGCUGUUUGAGAGUGCCAUAGUGGAGACAAACUGUAUCUUCCGUCUGCUGGAUGACAAGCUGGUUCCUGAUGACGACCAGUGGGGGAAGGUUCCUCACAGCACACUGCUGGAGUCCAAAGAGGUGUUGGUGUUUGACUUUGGCAGUGAGGUGUAUGUGUGGCACGGUAAGGAGGUGACUCUGGCCCAGAGGAAAGUAGCCUUCCAGCUGGCUAAACACCUGUGGAAUGGAACCUUUGACUACACCUGCUGUGACAUCAACCCUCUAGACCCUGGAGGAUGCAAUACACUCAUACCCAGGAAGGGCCAGGGGCGUCCUGACUGGGCCAUAUUCGGCAGGCUGACCGAGCACAAUGAGACUACCCUGUUCAAAGAGAAGUUCCUGGACUGGGCAGACACUAAGAAACCACAACCAAAGAACACCAAUGAGCAAGUCAGUGAGCAGAAGGAGACGCCGGGGCGGGAGUGCAGGCCGUAUGAUGCAGCAUUGAUGCUGCCUGUACUCCAGACAGCAGUCAGCACUGUGCUGGAUGGGAUGAACGUGGGCCGAGGCCACGGCUCUAUAGAAGGAGAGGACAGGAUGAGGACUCUAGAGAUCAGCACGGUGUCGGUGGAUGUCUGGCACAUCCUGGAGUUUGACUACAGCCGGCUACCCAAGCAGAGUAUAGGCCAGUUCCAUGAGGGGGACGCGUACGUUGUGAAGUGGAAGUACAUGGUAAGCGCAGCAGUUGGGAGGAGGCAGAACCCGGAGCUGAGGAGCGCGGGCCCUGGCAAAGAAAAGUGCUGCUACUUCUUCUGGCAGGGACGGAACUCCACCGUGAGCGAGAAAGGAACGUCGGCACUGAUGACAGUGGAGCUGGAUGAGGAGAGAGGGGCACAGGUCCAGGUACAGCAGGGGAAGGAGCUCCCUUGUUUCCUCCAGUGUUUCAACGGGGGGAUGAUCAUACACUGUGGGAAGAGAGAGGAGGAAGAGGAGAACACACAGACUGAGUGGCGUCUGUACUGCGUGCGAGGGGAUGUCCCUGUAGAGGGCCACCUCCUGGAGGUAGUGUGUCACUGCAGCAGCCUGCGCUCCAGGAGCUCCAUGAUCCUCCUGAAUGUCAACAAGGCCCUCAUUUACCUGUGGCACGGCUGCAAGGCCCAGCAACGCACUCGCCUAGUGGGCCUCACCACCGCACAGAGGGUCAAAGAACAAUGUCCGUUGGAGGCGGGGCUCCAUAGCAGCAGUAAGGUGACCAUCAUCGAGUGUGACGAGGGAUCAGAGCCCACUGGAUUCUGGGAUGCAGUCGGUAGGAAAGACAGGAAGGCCUACGACUGUAUGUUGCAAGAUCCGGGUAAAUUUAACUUCACCCCUCGGCUGUUCCAGCUGAGCAGUUCUUCAGGGGAGUUUGUAGCCACAGAGUUCUACCACCCCUCCAGAGUUCCAGACUUGGUCAGCUCUCUGCCCUUCCUUCAGGAGGACCUGUACCAAGCCUCCCAGCCUGCGUUGUUCCUGGUGGAUAACUUCCAUGAGGUGUACCUGUGGCAGGGCUGGUGGCCCCAGGACAGCGAGAGCCCCGGCUCCGCCAGGAUACGAUGGGACAUGGACAGGAAGUGCGCCAUGGAAACGGUGCUGCGGUACUGCAGAGAGAAGAAUGAGAAGAAGCCUCAGAAGUCGUACCUGAUCCAUGCUGGUCUGGAGCCUCUCACAUUUACCAACAUGUUUCCCAGCUGGGAGCACAGAGAGGACAUCGCAGAGAUCACUGAGAGGGAGGCGGAGGUGUGUAACCAGAUCAUCCUGGUGGAAGAUGUGCUGGCCAGGCUGUGCCAGAACACCUAUCCCUUGGCUGAGCUGCUGGCACGUCCCCUACCUGGGGGCGUCGACCCCCUCCGCCUGGAGAUCUACCUAUCAGACCAGGACUUUGAAAAAGCAUUGGACAUGAAGAGAGAGGAGUACGAAGGAUUACCAGGGUGGAAGCAAGUGAACUUAAAGAAAGCCAAAGGACUGUUUUAGUGUAAAGCUAAGCUGAUGAGGAGUGUGGAGAGAAAUUAAAUUCAGCAAGUCUUGGACGACAGUGGAAGUUGAUAAAAAUGAUGCUUUAUUGUUAUAACCAACGUGUUUUUGGCUCCUAGCCUUCAUCAGGUUGGUUGUGGAGAGAGAGAGGACACAGAGACUGUUGACAUGGAGGCCACCAAGCUGUCCCCCUCAGCACUUCCUUACCAGCGGUGUGACUGAACCCCAGUAGUGGCUGGUGGUACUUUAAAAUCAGUGGAUGGGCUCAUAAUUUCAAUUGAAUGGAAUCAUUGGAAAGGUAUCAAACUCAUGGUUUCCAAGUGUUUGUUACAAUUCCAGUCAUUAUUAUGAGAUAUCCACCCCUCACCCGUUUCCUCUGCUGAACACACUCUCAGGGACAGCUUCUUUGAGUGGGUCACAGGGGAGGGGGGAGGGGGUGGGCUGGGGUGGGGUGGAGGAUCUGCUGAGGUGUGCUAGCGUCAUGUAGCAUAUUGUUUUUACCUUUCAGUUAUGUAACUAUGUAGGAAAAUGAAAAUUCUGCUAAGCACAUUGUAUGCGAGUGGCUUUAUAUCAGGUACUGUACAACCCAGGACCUGCACUCACUCUCUCUUUCUCUCUCUGCUUCAAACUGUACUACAAGUCUCCACUUAUGACACCGCUCAUGCCAUAUGAAGUGACGAGGAAAUUCAGCAACUCUUCGAGGACAGUGGAAGUUGACAAAAAGGCUGGUUUAUUGUUGAAAUAAACCAACAGGUUUAAAUUGGUUGGUAGCCUUCAUCAGGGUUUAACAGAUAAAAUAACAAUGGAGGGCAGAGUUUCAUACCAUGGACAUACACACUGAUGUGGUCUCUGGGUGUGAUGUUUUAACUGUUGUGUGUGUGUGAAGUAUUUAGAAGAAUUUGUAUUUAUGUAAAAAAAAUACAAAAUCUGGUAGAAGGACAAUGUAUUCAACUUGAAAGUACUGUGUAAUAUCUGUCAGUAGGAGUGUGUUUUUGUUUCUUGUCAAAAGGUGUAAACAUGCCAAGUAUGUACCUUUUUUGUUUUGCGUUCUCAAAUAUGGUACCUGCCUGGGGCUGUCAUAAUGACAUCUAACCUUUACAGGUACCUGAGAAAUGACAAACAGUUGUAUUUUUAAAGGCAUGGAAUUCUUUGUGAAAAACACUUGAAUGUUGAAUGUAUAGUGCCUUGCUUUUGUGUACAGUUUAUAUACAGAAAUUCUAGUCUGCAUUUCGAAGACUUUCUUUGUGAUAAAAUAAAUAGUAAAUAAACAACAAAUCCCCCAAUCCAAA